ACGUGACUUUUCAUUUCCCCCUUGUGACUGCCAGCACAUCAAGGCACUGGAUCUUCUGUCUUCAGUUGGUAUUCUUCUAUUUGCUCGAGGCAUCAUGAGUGGUAAGCUGUGGACAGAAGAGCAGUUUAACUGCCCCGUGUGUCUGGAUCUCCCCAAUGAUCCGGUCACCAUCCCCUGUGGGCACAGCUACUGCAUGGGUUGCAUCAUGGACUACUGGAGCAAGGAUGAACCCAAGGGGAUAUACAGUUGCCCCCAGUGCCGCCAGACCUUCUGUCCUCGACCCUCCCUCUCCAGGAAUACCAUGUUGGCUGAAGCUGUGGAGCAACUCCGCAAAGGAACCCCAAGGUCUGAAGUGCAUCAAAGCAUGCGAGGAGCAAUAAAAUCCAAAAAGACUCUGCCCUCCUCGGCCGUGCAGUGCGACCUGUGUAAAGGAGAACAGAGGGCAGCGGUCAAGACCUGCUUGGUGUGCAUGAGCUCAUACUGUGAGAAUCACCUCAAGGCACACCAGACCAACAAGGCCCUGAAGGACCACGAGCUGAUAGCACCGACAGGCAACUUGGCCGAGAAGAUCUGCACACAGCACAAGUACCUACAGGAGUUCUUCUGUCGCCAGUGCAAGGUGUUCGUCUGCUGGCUGUGCACCAGCAACCAGCACAAAGGUCACGAGUGCGUGUCCACCAAGGCUGAGCGCAUGGAGAAACAGAAAGUUCUGUCCGAGAUGCUGACUGAAAAUCAGCAGAAGCUCAAAGACAGACAGCAGGAGCUGAAGGACAUGAAGAAGAUGAUGGACGGAAUGAAGCGCUCUGCAGACCGUGUUCACAGCGACUCAGAGAAGGUUCUGCAAGAGCUGCAGCGAUCACUGGAGCGACUCCAGGAGCUGUUGGAGGAGGUGCUGGAUGAGGUCGGCCGGGAGAAGAUGGAGAAGGCACAGGAGGUGACCGACAACCUGGAGGCAGAGAUCAGGGAACUGAAAAAGAGGGACACUCAGAUGAAAGACCUCAGUCAAUGUGAAGACCACAUCUACUACCUGCAGAUGUACGAAACCAUGUGCAGUCCAUUAGAGUCGGGUGAUCUUCCACCUGUGCAGGUAAACCAGGAAGCUUCCUUUGAACCCGUAAGGGAUGCCAUUCUGGAUCUAAGAGACCAAGUAGAGGAACUGUGCAACCUGGAGCUCAGCAAGAUCACCAAAAAAGUCAGCGAGACAACUUUAUUCACACUGGGCAGUGGCCAUCGCAGCACCAGAGCGGGCUUUUUGAAAUUGUUUUCACGAAACCCGAACAACCGUUCAGCAGGCUCUUCGCCAACCAUCUCACUGACAUCGCGUAGUGCAGAAAGACGUGGUCUAGGUGUCCGAGGGCUGGACGUGAGAAACAGAGACAACACACGAGAGGUCACACAGAGAUCACCCAGAUUGUGGUCCCGACAGAGGCGAGAUGAAGGCGAGUCGGUGAAGGAGAACACCCUAAGACCCAGCCCAACUCCAAGCCGGAGAGCGUCCCAGUCCCUGUGGAGCAGGUCCAGUCAGAGUCAGGAUGUCCCUGCAGUCCCUUCUCCAACCCUAAUGAGUCCAAAUGGGACUCUUGUGGCUGUCUCUGCUCCAGCUCCUCCUAUGGCUUCUCUUACUCCUGCACCACCGUCCACUGGAGCAUUUAGUCGGAUGCAGUCUAUCAGCUCCAUUUUCCGAUCCCGCCGUGGAAACGCGCAUGUCGGAAACGCGCCAUCUGCAGGCACAUGGGUGAUGCCGACUGUGCCUGAAACACCAACACAAGUUAACCCCAGUCUGUUCUUGGACACGCCCACAACCACGGUUCCUACUCCCGCUUUCCCUGCACUGAGAGAGAUCAGCGUUGACAGCAUCCAGGCUGCAGAACCAAGAACAAGGGAAGACUUCCUACAAUAUUCUGUCAACUUCACCCUUGACCCAAACACUGCCCACCGGCGUCUGGUUCUCUCUGAUAACAACACCAAAGCUACCCUGCAGGGUGCAGCGGUGGCCUACCCUGACACCCCCGAGCGCUUCGACGGUUGGACCCAGGUGAUGUGCGGCAGCGCCUUGUAUUCCCAACGCUCCUACUGGGAGGUGGAGUGGCGAGGCAGAGGGUCCUCAAUGGGCGUGGCCUACGGAUCCCUCCUCAGGAAAGGCUCAGAUGCCAGGUCUGGAAUCGGUUACAACGCCCAGUCCUGGACUCUAGAGCUGUCGGACACCUGCUGCUUAGCUUUGCACAACAACCAAAAAAGGGACAUACCUGUCAUCUAUUCCCCCCGUCUGGGGAUCUUCGUGGAUCUGUCCACGGGGACGUUGGAGUUCUACGGCGUAGCAGAAAACAUGACACACCUUCACACCUUCCGGGCAAACUUUACCCAGCCCGUUUAUCCCGUCUUUGGCGUGGGGAGCGGGGUCGGAGUGGGUCUGGACUUUGCACUUGGACAGUUCAGCUCCACCUCAGACAGCAUCAAGUUGUGUCCCAUGUGAGGACACUUCGAACAGAGGAUAUAGAACAUGACUGAAGUUUACUUAUUUUCUCACAGUGGAACCCGUUUUUGUCGAAUGACUGAUGUUGACAUAACAUGUGGAUCUGUCUAGAGCAGGGGUCGGCAACCAAAAUUUUGAAAGAGCCAUAUUGGACCAAAAAUACAAAAACAAAUCUGUCUGGAGCCGCAAAAAAAUUAAAAGCCAUAUUACAUACAGAUAAUGUGUCAUGAGAUAUAGAUUGAAUUAUGAGGACUUAAAGGAAACUAAAUGAGCUCAAAUAUAGCUACAAAUGAGGCAUAGUAAUGCAAUAUGUACAUACAGCUAGCCUAAGUAGCAUGUUAGCAUCGAUUAGCUUGCAGCAUACUUGCCAACUCUCCCGGAUUUUCUGGCAGACUCCUGAAAUUCAGCGCCUCUCCCGAAAACCUCCCGGAAGAAAUUUUCUCCCGAAAAUCUCACGAUAUUCAGCCGGAGCUGAAGGCCACACCCCCUCCAGCUCCAUGCGGACAUGAGUGGGGACAGCCUGUUUUCACGUCCGCUUUCCUGUUAUAUAAACAGCUUGCCUGCCCAAUCACGUUACAACAUCUACGGAUUUUAAUAAAAAACUGCACACACAAGGAGACAAAGCAGAAGAACGAGGAAGUUACAGCCAUGGCGACGCCGUCUGUAAUAGAGUGAUCUAUGUUGUCUGUUGCCAUCUCCUGGUGAAUGUUGGCUAUAGCUUUAUGGGGUUGCUUUUUGAUUGGCCAACGAUUGACGUGGUGUUGUGCACCUGACGGCAAGUGACUCUCGCCAGUACGCAAAUGGCAGAACAAAGGUUACUUAAAUAGUGAAAGGUAAGUGUUUUUUUUAGUAACCAGCAAGUACAGUACAGUUAGUAGAACAACUGUGUUUUUAUUACUGUGUAUUUGAUAGGUGCCGUCUGAAAUUCAACUAUUUCUUCUAUUUAUAUAUAUAAUAAAACAAAUAUAUAUAGCAAGAAUUCACUGAAAAUCAAGUAUUUCAUAUAUGUAUAUAUAUAUAUAUAUAUAUAUAUAUAUGUGUGUAUGAAAUAUAUAUGAAAUACUCGAGAUAGUGAAUUAUACUCCGCCCCUAUUAACCACGCCUCCACCUCACCCACGACCACGCCCCCCCACUCCCCAUCCCCCGAAAUCGGAGGUCUCAAGGUUGGCAAGUAUGGCUUGCAGUCAUGCAGUGACCAAAUAUGUCUGAUUAUCACUCCACACAAGUCAAUAAUAUCGACAAAACUCACCUUUGUGAAUUCAUGCGCAACGUUAUAAGUUUGGUGGACAAAAUGAGACAGAAAAAGAAGUGGCAUAAAACACGUCUUAGAAAGUCGGAGAAAGUUAUGCAUGUAAACCAGGGGUGUCCAAAAAGCGGCCCAGGGGCCAUUUGCGGCCCGCAGCUAAUCGUUUACCGGUCCGCCACACAUUCUGCAAAAAUUGCAAAAUUGAUAGUAUUGCAAAAAUGACAAAAAAAACAUUUUAAAAAAGUGGCAAUGUUGACACAAAGCUGCCUUGCAGGCAGUUUUUUUUUUGGUUCCUUUUGUCUUUAUUUUCUUUUUUUUACAUUGCUAAAAAAAAAAGGACAAAAAAAUCUAUGUUAUAAUGAAUUAUUACUUAAAAAUGAUCACUUUAAAAUGUUUUAUGUGGAAAAAAUAUUGCAUAUGUUGUGUGGUUGCCAUAUAAAAACAUCAAAGUUUUGACAAAAGAGCAUAAAACAAACAAAAUAAAAGUUCAAACUUAAAAUCGACAGAUAUAUCGGAAGUUGAUCUUGAAAUUUAAGUGUUAAAAGUUAAAAAAAAAUAAUAAUAAAAAUGUAUCACUUUAUGAGUGGGGAACUUUUUCGGAUCUCAAAUAUAUUUAGUAGGAUUUUAUUUACCUUUUCACUGUGAUUACUCAAAAAUACUAAAUUAAAAUCAAUGAUGUCCUGCAAUAUUGAUCUUUGAGGGCUUUAAUUGCUAAAUAAAGGAACUCUCCUGAAGGAAUCAAUAAAGUACUAUCUAUCUAUCUAUCCAUCUAAAUACUGCAUAUUUCAGUUUUACUAUAAAAAACAAAGUUGUCUUUGACAUAAAAGGCAUAAAACCUUAUUUGUUUUUCUUUAUAUCAACCUCAAGUUAAUAUACAGAUUUACUGUAAGCAUUAAAUAAAAAAUAAUAUAUAAUAAUUUGACUUUUUUAAAACAUUUUAGUGACUGAGACCCUCUAUGCUCCCCAGGAGCCCUAAGGAUAAAAAAAAAAGUCCAUAUAUUUUGUUAUGGUUUGAAAAUGAAAAAUAUCAAAAUGGCCCCCGCAUGCUUAAAUUUUUCCGUGUGCGGCUAUCUGUGGAAAAUGUUUGGACACCCCUGAUGUAAACAAACUAGGGUGAGUUCAAGGACCGCCAAAAUUAGUAGGACCAAACGGCGCCCGCUAAAUACUCGAAUCCGUGAAGCAUGUUUAAAAUAAACAGCGUGCUUUAUAGCAAUUAGGGAGGUUUGUGUCAUGUUUGUCCUCCUACAGAAACCAAAUUAAAACAACAAAUACCGUAUUUCCUUGAAUUUGCGCCGGGGCGCUAAUUAUUCAAAAACCUCUUCUCACUCCUGCGCUUACCAAAGGCAUGCGGUAAAAGUAAGCAUGCGCUAACUAUUUUAAAACCUUUUGUCACUCCGGCACUUACCAAAAGUAUGCAGUAAAAAUUAGAGUGUGAUGUAAGUUUGGACCUUAAAUCCUACUGAAUAGCUCUAAAUCUUCUUCCCUUUAUGCGAUUUCAAAUUACCGGUAUUGAUAUCAGCCUCCUCCAUUUUGAAAAUGAUGACAGGGGAAGUGUCACUCGUGACGUCACGAGUUUGACCAGGCGGUAAUACUAAGCAUGCGCUAAUUAUUUUGUGAAGCGAGUUUGACCCGGCAGUAAUUCAAGGCAGGCGCAUACUAUAUGUCUUACGGAAAUUCAAGGAAAUACGGUAUGUUUUUUUCCCGUCAUCAUUUCCAUUUUUCAUAUAUUUUUGAAAACAUUCCAGAGAGCCACUAGGGCGGCGCUAAAGAGCCGCGGGUUGCCGACCCCCGGUCGAGAGACAUAAGAAUGGGCCAAUAAAAAAAAUCAAUGCUUUUUCAGACUACAACAGUUUGUUAAUUUAAACUGAGUCGUUUUCAUAGAAAAAAACAUUUGACUUUUGUGGUAAUGUAGAUAUUAUUUUAUUAACCUACUUAUGCAUGUAUACAUUUAUGUUGGCUACAUUGAUAGUGGAGGCCCUUAGGGAUAUUUUCGUUCACUUUUGUCUAAAAGCGCCAAAUUUGGCAAAAGUGUUGUAGCUCAGGGCAUACUUUAAUGAUUUAGCGAAGGGGCCCACGCCGGUGACCUUUGGCGUCGCCACAACGGCCAAUCAAUCAUGGCCGCCACUCAAAAUAUUUUUUAUCUCCAACAUUUGAAACAGAUGAGCUACAAAUGUAAAUUUGGUGUCUAUUUCAUGUGUUUAGACCAGGGGUCACCAACCUUUUUGAAACCAAGAGAUACUUCUUGGGUACUGAUUAAUGCGAAGGGCUACCAGUUUGAUACACACUUAAAUAAAUUGCCAGAAAUAGCCAAUUUGCUCAAUUUACCUUUAAUAAAUACAUCUAUAUGUAUAAAAAAAUGGGUAUUUCUGUCUGUCAUUCCGUCGUACAUUUUUUUUCCUAUUACGGAAGGUAUUUUGUAGAGAAUAAAUGAUGAAAAAAACACUUAAUUGAACGGUUUAAAAGAGGAGAAAACACACAAAAAAUGAAAAUAACAUUUUAAAACAUAGUUUAUCUUCAAUUUCGACUCUUUAAAAUUCAACUGAAAAAAAUCAACAGAAAAACUAGCUAUUUUGAAUCUUUUUGAAAAAAAUUAAAAAAGAAUUUAUGGAACAUCAUUAGUAAUUUUUUUUGUUAAUUAAGAUUAAUUUUAAAAUGUUGAUGACAUGUUUUAAAUAGGUUAAAAUCCAAUCUGCACUUUGUUAGAAUAUAUAACAAAUUGGACCAAGCUAUAUUUCUAACAAAGACAAAUCCUUAUUUCUUCUAGAUUUUCCAGAACAAAAAUUUUAAAAGAAAUUCAAAAGACUUUGAAAUAAGAUUUAAAUUUGAUUCUACAGAUUUUCUAGAUUAGCCAGAAUAAUUUUUGGGAAUUUUUAUCAUAAAUUUGAAGAAAUAUCUCACAAAUAUUCUUUGUCGAAAAACAGAAGCUAAAAUGAACAAUUAAAUUAAAAUGUAUUUAUUAUUCUUUACAAUAAAACAAAUAAUAAUUGAACAUUGAUUAAAAUUGUCAGGAAAGAAGAGGAAAAGGUAAAAAUGUAUAUGUGUUUAAAAAUCCUAAAAUCAUUUUUAAGGUUGUAUUUUUUUCUCUAAAAUUGUCUUUCUGAAAGUUAUACAAAGCAAAGUAAAAAAAUAAAUGAAUUUAUUUAAACAAGUGAAGACAGAGUCUUUAAAAUAUUUUCUUGGAUUUUCAAAUUCUAUUUGAGUUUUGUCUCUCUUAGAAUUAAAAAUGUCGAGCAAAGCGAGACCAACUUGCAAGUAAAUAAAUAAAAUUGAAAAAAUAGAGGCGGAUCACUGGUAAGUGCUGCUAUUUGAGCUAUUUUUAGAACAGGCCAGCGGGUUACUCAUCUGGUCCUUACGGGCUGCCUGGUGCCCGCGGCUUUAGACAAUUAGAAAUGUGUUGGAAUGCUCAUUUUUAUUUUUGGGUGUGUCUAGACCCCUAAUUUGCAUAUUUACAAUUGGCGUUUUGCUAUCCUGAAGACAUUGGAGGUAACUUGUACAUUGUUAUGAGUACAACCUGGUGCAACAUGCAUGAUUCCUUUCUAAUGUUUAUAUGAAAUGGUCACAGACCACAUAAUGAAUACCACUGGUUUGGGGAUGACUUGAUUGAAGCUUCUUAGGACUUAAUAAGGAGGGGACGGCAUGAUACUCAUGCUUUCUAGCCUUUUUAACACGAGAACUACUAGAGUAGCGUCUGCAGUGUUCGUGGUAUUUGGCCUUAUUUAAUACAAGAGUUGAUGCCAUACCUGAACCAUCAUUCAAUGGAUCAAUUGUGACAUUUGGUAUAGUAUUCGCAAUUUCAAUGAAAUCUUUGAGAUCCUUUUCUAGCGCCAAAAGUCCUUCGCUUUUGGGUGUUUGUAAGGGGUCAUCAGACUGUAAUUGGCAGAGACAACAUAAGUCCCAAUAGAUGCUGCUGCUGCUAUUACUAUCAGAUGAUGUGGAGGCCAUAUUGUUUGAUAAUAGCUACACUGAACAAUGCAUUACAUGAAAAUAAAGUUGGGGAGAGGUAA